UAAUGAUGAAUUUCAAUUGGCCUAUAAAAGGGCAGCAAUAAAAUUGAAGUUUAGUCAUUAUUUUCAAGACAUGGCGGCAUUGCCAAUUAACACCAAGGUGGUGGUGUUACUUGUUUUAGGCAUAUCCAUGGUUAUGUUUACCAUCCCUGCAGGCAAAGCAGAUGAUGGACUCAAACAAACCAUUUUGUCUGUCUAUUUCCACGACCACUCCUCCGGCAGUCCGGACUCCACUGUCCGUGCAGUUGUCGGCUUUCCUGGCAAGCUCUGGAACUUAACCCAAUUCGGGACUUUGUUUGUUUCCGAUGAUCCCUUAACCGAAGGCCCCGACCCUGAAUCAGCCCCUGUCGGACGAGGCCAAGGCAUAUUUGUCACAACAAGUUUGGAUGGUGUCAACACUCAUGUCUCCCUUUCGAUUGUCUUCACUAAUGAGGCCUACAAUGGAAGCACCAUCCAGGUACAAGGCAAUAGUGACCAAAUGAAGGCGGUUAGAGAAUAUGGUGUGGUUUCCGGGACUGGCAAGUUUCGAUAUGCCAGCGGCUAUGUUACUUUCGAGAAUUUUUCGUUUAAUAGCUCGAUUUCGUAUGCUGUUAUUCGUUGCAACAUUUCAAUCCAUCACUAUUAAUAAUCAUAUUUCAAAGUGAUAAAGAGGAGUCAAGAGAGUACUUAUCUUUUUCUAUUUUAUCAAAA